AUGUACCGAUGUCCAUUCAAAAACCCUGAUCAACAGUCCCACCGAGUGGGUCACAUCUACCGUUCUGCUUCCGUAGAAAUUCUUAGAAGUAUUCCAAGAACAAUAGAGAACUCGUUUCCAUUCCAUCUAAGUUAUCGGACGGCCUGUUCUCAAGAACUGCUGGAUUAUUUGGUCGUUCACAUCGGUAGAGGACAGAACUUUCUUGAAUUGACUGAAGACAUAAUGUCAAUGCACUUUAGGAAAUUCUUACAGUCUAGAUCUCCUGACUGUGAUUCGGUCGAUUUAAACGAAUUUUACACUAGUCCCCUGUAUUCUGUUCCAAGCAACGAUCAAUUAAUGUAUAUCUUUCUCGCAUAUUAUGAUAGUGUGAGUAGUAUUUUUGAGAAUGAAAUUCUAAAAACUCAGUUCUCCAUUCUUACUUGUGAUCACACCUUUAAAGUAAGCAAACACAUCGGAGUAACAAGAGGUGAAGACUCGGCAUUUGUGAAUCAGUUUGAAAACCUCUUCAUUGGUUUAAAUGAGAACGGCGAAGUGGUCGCAUGGAGAUUAACUAAAAGUACUUCCUUUCGUGAAGUACAAGAUACCCUUACCGAAUUAAAGAAUAGACUUUCCGCAAGUGGAAAAUUACUGAAUAUGGUGGUGGUUGAUGAUUGUUGUUCAGUGAGAGCUUCACACAAAUCCGUUUUUCCAGAAGCUGUUGUAAAGCUUGAUCUUUACCACGCAUGCCAACGUGUCGUUAAAACUCUUUCAAAAGGAUUACCAAAGACACAACAGCUCUCAAAAGAAUUUGGCUUGAUUUUUCGAGCAAAUGGAGCAAAUGGAGACUGA